AUGGAGCCCACUCGCACCCACCUCGUCCAGGUCCCCGGCGUCCACCUCGCGCACCUCGAGUCCAACUCUCCGUCAUCGCCGCAGCUCGAGCUCGUCGGCACCCUCAACCUGUACCUGUGCCGCGCCCAGGGCAGCAGUGAGCGCUCGCCAUCGCCUGCUCGCCGUGUCCCCCCUCCCCCGCCUGUCCGCCCAGCCGACAAGGCGCCUCUCUCGACAACGACUCUCGCACCUCCACCUCGCGCGACGUCAGCCUCGCCCUCGUCCUCGAGCCCGCCCGCCUACUCGAGCGCGAGCGCAGAGUGGCUCGUCGUCACCCUGACGCUGCCCGGUGACGCCGCGCCGUGCUUCGACAUGCCCCUGUCGCUCGUCGACCCGGCGCGCGACAUCGUCGCCGUCCCUCCCGCCGCGUACGACCUCCCCAACAACGUCGGCCAGGACCCGGCAGCAGUCUCGGCGUCGUCGAAGGGGCCGCAGCAGCACGGGCGCAUCCGCCUCUCGCUCGCGCGCGACACGGACCCGUCGACCCGCGAGCAGUUCGAGGCGACCCUGUUCGGCCUGUACCGCGGCGCGUCGACGUCGGCUCCAGGGUCGGGCACCGUGACGCCCGUCCAGACCGAGCCCAACGCGCUGUACCUCGUCGACGAGUCGUCCGGGCGCGUCCUCGGGCAGCUCGACCCGGCGGCGGCGGGCGGGCUCGCGCUCGAGGAGGACGCGGCGCUCGCGCAGGGGCGCACCGACGACCGGCCCGGGUCGACGGCGAGCCAGGGCGCCAAGGUCAACGACGUCGGCGCCCACGAGGCCGUCGUCAUCUCGCCGGCCGCGGCGGCGUCGGGUCCGGGCGGCGCCCUCGUCGGCUCGAGCCAGACGCUGUCGGUCAAGCCCGCGUCGGCCUACUUUGCGCCGGCGCACAACCCGAACGGGAGCAAGAUCAUCUCGGUCGCCAACACGGUCUCGCACGGCAUCAUCGUCGGGUCCAACCUCCUUUCGAAGCAGUUCGAGUCGUCGGCGGGCAAGUACGUCGCGAGCCGGCCGGCGACCGACAAGCCGCUCGUGUUCAAGCAGACGACCAAGGGCGCGUUCGAGCGCACGAGCGGCUGGACCGAGACGGCGAGCGUGUACAGCGGCAAGGCGGCGGGCGCGGUCGGCAAGGCGGCCGGGUUCCUCGGCGACAGGAUCGGCAAGGCGGCGGGCCUCCAGCAGGGAGGGACCGCAUCCGGGUGGAAGGGCACGCUCGCGGCGACGCUCACGGCCGUCAACACGGUUGCCGACCACCUCGAAGCCGGCGGCAAGACGCUCCUCGACUCGGGCUCAAAGUCGGCGAGCCAGGUCAUCCACCACAAGUACGGCGCCGAGGCCCGCGGUGUCGCCGACGACGUCGGCUCGAGCGUCAAGCACGUCGCCCUCGUGUACGUCGACGCACGCGGUGUGACGCGCAAAGCGCUCCUCAAGGGCAUCGGCAAGGGCGCCAUCAAGGCGCAGCUGUCGGACGGGAGCCAGGUGUACCUCUCGGGCGACGGCGACGAGCUCAAGCAGCUCGAGGCGGCAGCGGCUGAAGGACAGGGGCGGAUCGAGGGCGCGGCAGGUGCAGGUGCGGCGCCGGGUGGGAGCAGGGUGGACGCGAUCGAGCCGGCGCCGGCGUACGAGGCGCGAUACGGCGACAAGCAGGUCCGAGGCGAGAAGCGGUAGAGCGGGCUCGCAGAACUGUAGCACUCUCGCGCUCACUGUAUUACUCGAUUCAGUCACGAGGAGA